UCCACGCAGGUGUGCCCGCCCAAUCCCCCACAUUCCCACGGCACAGCACACUGUUUCUUUUCCUUUCUGUUCGCUCCGAUCUUGUUUCGAUCAUGAAAACAAUGAGCAGGCGCAACAGCCGCACCAUCUAUGUAGGCAACCUCCCUGGGGACAUCCGUGAGAGGGAGGUUGAGGACCUCUUCCACAAGUAUGGUCGAAUUUUGGAUAUUGACCUGAAGAUACCUCCAAGACCUCCUGGAUACGCUUUCGUUGAGUUUGAGGACCCACGUGACGCUGAUGAUGCAAUUUAUGGGCGUGAUGGGUAUAACUUUGAUGGCUACAGGUUGCGGGUUGAAUUAGCUCAUGGUGGAAGAGGUCAGUCUUACUCUUAUGAUCGUUCUAGCAGCUAUAGCAGCACACGCCGUGGAGGUGUUUCUAGGCGCUCUGAUUACCGUGUUAUGGUCAUGGGGUUACCUUCAUCGGCAUCAUGGCAAGAUCUGAAGGACCACAUGCGACGCGCCGGUGAUGUUUGUUUCUCUGAUGUAUACCGUGAGGCCGGAGAAACUAUUGGAAUUGUGGAUUAUACAAACUAUGAAGACAUGAAAUAUGCGAUCAGGAAGCUUGAUGACUCACUGUUCAGGAACGCAUUUUCUAGGGCGUAUGUCAGAGUGAGAGAGUAUGAUGCUAGAUCACGAAGCAGAAGCCGUAGCCGCUCUUACUCGAGAAGCCCCAGUUACAGCAGGAGCAGGAGUCCAAAAUCUGUUUCUCGGUCACUAUCACCUGUCGAUGAAAGAUCUGGCCAUGCCGGUGAUCUGGGGACUGCAUUGAUAGAUUAUUGGAUGUAUUGAGAAUCGGAGUGGAUGGUUUGGGACUUUGGAUAGUAAAGCUGGAUUGUGAUGCAUGUAUGACAAGUGGGCUACAACCAGUCCUAGGAGCAAGAUAGGACUGACAGUAAGGAUAUGUGAAGUGGAUCUCGUUGUGUGUCGACUAUAUGUGCUUAAAUUUCAAUGGCUCAAUAUAAAUGGACGUUAAUUCACAAUUUUUUGUUUAACUGAUAUUGCCAUCCUGGUAAAAGUUUCAGAAUCUAUGGUGCUUCUUGCACACCAAAAAAAAUAUGGCUUUUAAGCAUUUUCUUGUCAAUGUGUGUUCUGAGUUUGCUCUAGCUCAAAAAAGUUGACAUUUAUAAGGAGAUAAGAUAAACCUUAGUUUGUCUAUUUGCAGUUUCAGUUAUGACCUUAUUACCUGAUAGCUUAAACACCAAAAGUUGUACUCUGCACUGUAGCUCCCUUUCUGAACCAAUUCAUUGAAACCUCUUUAUGUGUAUCUCAAAUGAGAGCAAUUUUGUAUCUCAGUGCUACUAACACAUCAUUAC